AUGACCAUGGACGAAUCGACGCCGCAGUAUGGCAUGACUCGGCCCAUUUCGAUCAGCCUGCCCGAGGAGAAGGACCAUCGUUUCACGAAGGAGCUGGAUGAUUGCCUGCGGAGCCUCAACUAUUUCGAGUCGCCCGAGGAGCUCGAUCAACGCAUCCAAGUGCUGGGCCAGGUCAAUUCUCUUGUCAAGAAAUGGGUCGUACGCGUCUCUGAGGCCAAAAUGCCGAUCGACGAAUGUACACGGGUCGGUGGAAAGCUUUUUACAUUUGGAUCUUACCGGCUAGGGGUCCAUACCAAAGGCGCCGAUAUCGAUUCGCUAUGCGUUGUACCCCGUCAUAUACAACGUAGCGACUUCUUCACAACCUUUUACGAGAUGCUCAAAGAAUGCCCGGAGGUCUCGGAUUUGCACGGUGUCGAAGAGGCGUUUGUGCCUGUGAUCAAGCUCAAGUGGAAGGAGAUUGAGCUCGAUAUCCUUUUCGCACGGCUGGCACUGAAGGAAGUGCCCGACGAUCAGCAGCUGAAUGACGAUAUUCUAUUGAAAAACCUGGAUGAGAGGUGCGUACGAUCUCUGAACGGAUGCCGCGUGGCAGAUGAGAUUCUGCGUCUGGUGCCCAGCCAAGAAACCUUUUCGCUGACGUUGCGCGCGAUCAAGCUUUGGGCGAAGAAUCAUGGAAUCUACUCGAAUAUUGUCGGCUUUCUUGGAGGAGUCUCUUGGGCCAUUCUGGUUGCCCGUGUAUGCCAACUUUAUCCGCACGCCUUGCCCGGAAAACUUGUCAGCCGUUUCUUCAUGCUUUACAGUACAUGGAAGUGGCCGCUGCCGGUGAUGCUGAAGGAUCUUGAUACGUCUCCUCGACCGGAUAUCCCUACGCUCAUCGAUUUGGUCUGGGAUCCGCGAACCCGUGCCUCGGAUCGUUAUCAUUUGAUGCCCAUCAUUACGCCUGCCUUUCCGGAGCAGAAUUCCACUUUCAACGUCACGAACUCGACGCGACAGGUGAUGAUGAAUGAAUUCGAAGAGGCCAGGGAAAUCUCGCAACGAAUUCUCCACGGCCUGUGCACUUGGAAAGAUUUCUUCGAGGAGGUCAAUUUCUUCUCGCGCUACAGGCAUUUCUUGGUGUUGGUCUGCGUGGCGGCGACCAAGGAGGAUCACCUGAUUUGGGUCGGCUUUGUGGAGGCCAAGCUGCGGCAUCUUGUCGCGAACGUGGAACGAAACAAGGCGGUGAAGAUGACGCACGUUAACCCAAAUCAGUUCCGACCCAUCAAGCCGCUUCAAUUCCGAAUUCCCGAAGUCGACGACCCCGUUUGCUCGAUGUGGUUUAUCGGUCUGGAUUUCGAUCGGGAUCUGGCAAAGAACGUCGACUUCACCAACGAAAUCCGGACUUUCAACGAACUCGUCGAUCGCCAAAAGAGUUUCCGCCGGUCCGUUGGCCGGGGUCAAGAGGGCAGCGAUGAAGGGCAGUACAAUGCCUCGAUGAAGACGCUUGUGACCCACGUGCAAAGGAGGUCGCUGGGUCAAUGGCUUGAGGAAAAGGACUACACGCGAGGAAGAAAUGCCAACGAUCCGCGUUUCAAGCGGCAAAACAGCUCAAACGCGCAGAGCAUCGUCGCCACGGGCAGUAAGAGGAGGGCGUCGACAAUGGCUGAAGAUACGAAGCCAGCGUCGUCGGAUGAUGCGUCUCCUUCCACCUCUCAAUCCGCAUCCUCGCAGCCUAUGCACAGUCCCUCGGUCUCUGUGGGGACCAAGUCGGAUCAGACGCCAGGAGUGCCCGAGAAAGAAGUCGAUGAAAAUGGCGAGCCGAUGCCAAAAAAGAUUUGCCACUCGCUGAGCACGCCGAACCUUUCGCCAGCAGCAAUGUCCGACCGGCAGCCGGCACUUCAAUUACCUGUGGAAAAUCCGGAUUAUUCUAAUACGGAACACGGCACCACGAUCUCGAAUGGCAGCGAGGAAAAUGGAAAGGACCCGAAUUUCUCUUGGGUUUGCGAGAAGGCUGCUGCUUCCAGACAAGAAUCACCGAAUCCCAUCCAUGCC